UAAUAACACGGCAGUCACUCAGAUUCUGAAAAAGCAGUUGCAGGAAUAAGGAAACUUUCACAUAUCACAUACAUCUUCCAACUUCCCUGCUUACUCGUAUUGCCUUCUGUUUCCUUCCCUUGACUUGAUGCACUCAAAUCCCGCCCUCCUUACAAUACUUUGUUAUGAGUAAGUAGAUCGUGGGGAUACCGUUUGCCAACACAGUCUUUCAAUUGGCAGAAACAUUGACCUUACGUGGGAUUGGUUGACUCUGCUCUCGUUACAAAACUCUGGAAGCGGGUGUCUGAUGCUGUCGUGCUUGUUGCUGAAAUAUUAGUUCCCAUGGUUUAUUUAACUUUAUGUGAAGUUUUAUAGUUGCUGUAGGUGGGGAAACAUCAUCAGAUCUCUCUUGAGAUGAGUCGCCAUAAGCAGCUAAAGGAGAACAAGAUCCCAGAGGUUCAGUUUGUGGGUGAUGAGGAUGUAUUGGAGCACAUUAUUGAUAAACGGGAAGGUGUAAAAGCAGGAAAGGAUGCUGUUCAAACCUUGGUCAAUAUUAAAAAAUACAAGAAAGAUCUAAACCUUGAAGGAGGAGCUGAGGAGGUGUUAAGUGAGCAGAACUAUGUGGAAGCACUUGGAAAUGACAGUAAAGAUAGCUCAAGAAAUGGAACCAUUGGAGGAGGUGGACAGGUUUAUGCCUUCCAGACAGUCAAGCGGGGCAACAAGAUGGCUCAGUUGGCUACUGAACUGGCUCGAACUCCAGGAAAAAGUGUCACCUUUGACGCUUCCGAUGACUUGCCUGAGGUCACUACUCCACCAAGAUCUAGUCGCAAAAAACAAAAGGUCAAGAAAACUCCAUCUAGAGGAAAAAAUGAUUUUAUAUCAACAACACCCCACAGACUAAGAAAACGACUAACAGCACCUAAUUUGCGGUCAGAAAGUGAAAGCGAUUAUUCUCCUUCAAACUCCGAGGAAGAAACAAAUGAGGAGGAAGAACAAGAAGACAGAACAGUGAAAUCACCAGUGGAUCAGAAGACGCAAGGCAAGGUUGUUGGCCUUAGCAAAACACCUGCAAAAAAAUCCAAAAUGGCACCAAUAUCCAAUCUGGUAGAGGAAUACUUUGAAGCACACAAGAAUUCAAAGGUCUUGACCUCAGAUCGCACCCUUCAGAAACUGCAGGCACCAAAGCUAGACCAAGAAACUUUAAGUCAACUGCUGAACAAAUCUUCCACUGCCUUUGACACAGAACUGAAAAAGCUGAAUGGAGAACAUGAAAGACUGUUUCAUAAGUGGAUGUUACUAUUGCGAUUAGGAUUCAGCAUAGUACUGUAUGGACUUGGCAGCAAGAAGUGCUUGUUAGAAAAAUUUCGCUCUGUGAUGUUGCAGGAAAUGGUUCAUGUUGUUGUUAAUGGAUUUUUUCCGAGCAUUACGAUUAAAUCGAUUCUGAAUUCAAUAACGGAAGAAGUACUAGACCACCAUGGAACAUUUAGAAGUCCUCUAGACCAACUGGAUUUUAUUGUAGAAUCAUUUAAUAAAGAUUCUUCCAUGCAGCUGUUCUUAAUCAUCCAUAAUAUUGAUGGACAAAUGCUGAGAGGAGAAAAAACACAGCUAAUUCUUGGCCAGCUUGCUUCUAUACCAAACAUUUAUUUGAUAGCAUCUAUCGAUCAUAUCAACGCACCACUUAUGUGGGAUCAUAGUAAGUUGAGUUUUUUCAACUGGCUGUGGUACGAAACAACAACUUAUCAGCCAUAUUCAGAAGAAACUUCAUAUGAAAAUUCUUUGUUAAUGCAGCAGUCUGGAGCCUUGGCCUUGAGCUCGCUAACUCAUGUUCUGCGUAGCCUUACUCCUAAUGCAAGGGGUAUAUUCCGACUUCUAGUCGAGUUCCAGCUAGAAAAUAAAGACAACCCAAAUUAUACAGGGCUGUCAUUCCAGGACUUUUACCAGCGCUGUCGAGAGGGAUUUCUUGUAAACAGUGACCUUACCCUUCGGGCACAGCUCACAGAGUUCAGAGACCAUAAGCUGAUACGCACUAAAAAAGGUGUUGACGGAGUGGAAUAUUUGCUUAUUCCCAUAGACAAUGCAACACUCUCGGAUUUUUUGGAAAAAGAGGAGGAAGAUUUUUAAGACUUAUAGGAGUUAGACAAGCUGAAAGAACUGCAAAUCAACAAGCAGGUCUUGAGUGGCUGCAGGACUGUGUAUGUCGGGGGAAUCAUAUUUUAAUGACUAUUAUAAAGGAUUGUCUAUGGAAGUGGUUUAUUACAAUCCAGACAGUAAAGGGUCCAUUUUUGUGAUUAUGGAUAUAGCUACCUGCAGAAUGUUUAGAACAACUGCAUUGUUCACACUGGUGCACUUAGUUUCUGUCUCUCUGCAUUUGGAAACAGACCAUGAUUACUUGGUGAUGUUUAACAGUGAAUAACCCAGGGAUAGUUAGUUCAUGGACUGUUACCUUUUUUGUCUUGAUUACCGCUGUCUGCCCUGGAUGGUACAUAGUCAUUGUGUUGGUAAGUAUCUCCUAAUGUGCAUUGCAGAGUAUAGAUUUUCUCUUGAUUAAAGGUGGAAAAUAAAUGCCUUACAUACACACACACACACACACACACACACACACACACACACACUCACUAAUAUGCCUCAUGAACAAAGAGCAGCUUCUACAUUCCAUAUUUCAGUAGGUGGUAGUUAACAAAUCCAUUUCUUGGGCAGAUUGCAUAUGAGGCUUUACAGAUGCCGCUCAAGACAACAAUGGCACAGAUAAGUAUAGAGAAAAAAUGCCUUGUAAAUCUUUAGUUGUACAUCAUAUUAUCUGCACGACUUCUUCUUGUCAUAACAUAUGACAUUGAAUUCCAAGUUAAUGAAGCUCCCUACUGUAAGGAUGGUGGAAAUUGAUUUUCUGGAUUGUAAGUUUAGCAGAGUUGUGAGGCUUACACACGAGUACUUAAAACUGAGCCAUCAUGCAUCUCUUUUUUGUCUUUAACAUUUUGUGCAGGUCCUGUUAGUCAAAUGGGUGUUCGUCAAGUACACGAGUAGCACUUUCAAAAUUUUUGAAAUGUUCUUGGCUAAAACCAUUCCUUGACAAAUCAUAGUAUUAAAAUUGCUCUCGGGUGCAGUAUUGGAACAUUUGUAUUGUGUUAUUUUAUAUUUUACAUUGUUCAUCCAUACCUGUCAAUCUCUUGGCAGAAGAACUGAGGACAAAGCCAAAAAUAAUGGGAACAUAAAGGCCCAAAUUAGAGACAGAUUGUAAUAAUUGCUCUUAAAAACAUAGAAAUUUGCUAGAACGUGCAUUUUCUGAAUGAUAUGAAGCCUGGAGUUCAAAUGCCUGGCAUUGUAUAGUCACUGUAAUCCUCAAAGUUUUGCCAGAAAAAAAUCGCAAAUUUUAUGAUUAACAAGGAAAAACAGCAAGGAAGAAUGGGAAUAAUUUCUAAAAUUGUGGACAUUUGAGAUGUAUGUAUUCAUCACCGUCUUUCCUUCAAUGAUUUGUAAAAUUUCGUAAUUUUAUUAUCUAAGCUGUUAAUUUUGUUACGCUUCAAAAUAAAAUGUUUUGUAUAAAUACUA